AUGGAAGCUCGUGAGAUCGUGAGCCUCGUCGAGCAAUCCCUGCCUCCUGCGGACCACGUCGUCACGAUGGCCGCCGCCCUCUCGGUCGACGAGGCCAGCGACGGCGAGGACCGCAUCAGCGACCUCCCCGACGACCUCCGCCGGAAAAUCGUCUCCCGCCUCCCCAUCAAGGACGCCGUGCGCACAUCCGCGCUCUCCACCCACUGGCGCCAUUUCUGGCGCUCCGUGCCGCUUGUCCUCUGCGACGCCCACAUCCCACGCACCAAGCAUUUCUCUCCCUACACUGCCAUCACCAGCGUCCUCACGCAACACCCCGGGCCCUUCCGCGCCGUCCACCUCUCGCGCUGGUCGAUGCGGAUGUACCCCAACUUGCAGCAAGUUGAGUGGGCCCGCCUCCUCGCCGAGAAGGGCGUCGAAGACCUCACCUUCGUCAACUUCCCGAAUUGGCAACGUCUCGCCGCUGACGCGAGCCUGCGCCUCCCCAUCGACAUCCUCCGCUGCACCAAAAUAAGCCGCCUCCGCCUCGGCUUCUGGACGUUUCCUGGCACCACCGUGGCCGAUCUCCCUCGCGGGCCCAAUGUCUUCCCCAACCUCCUGGAGCUCGGACUCCACCACAUCGCCAUCGACACUGAAUGCAUCGAUUACAUGAUGGAAUGUAGCCCCGAGCUCAAGGUGUUCACGAUCGUUGCCAACACCAACGGCCGUGCAAGCAUCAAAAUCCGCAGCCAGAACGUUGUUCAGGUCGUCUUCUGGGCGUCCAUCAGCAAGGACCUUGAUGUGCGUGGCGCCCCUUCCCUCGAUCGGCUGAUCCUGUGGAACGGGAGCUCUGUUGGCAUGUUCUGUUCGCUUAUCAACUUAUCUUUGGCUUCAACUCUUAGGGUGGUUGGAUACCUUGAGCCAAGGAUUCACAAGCUGAAAGUUGCCGACAUCGUCAUCAAGGCUGGAACAAGGCCAAGUCCUCUCACAGUGAUUCCAAGUGUCAAGAUAUUGGCUUUGAAACUGCGGUUUGCAGUUCGCAAGGAAGCUGAAAUGUUUUUGAGUUUCAUGAGAUGUUUUCCAAAUGUUGAAACACUGCACAUCGUGUCCGAUGAAGCUGAUCGCUGCAAGGGAAAACAAACUCUGCAAUUUUGGAGGAAUGCCGAUCCAGUCGAAUGCACUCGAUCUCAAGUCAAGGAGAUCGUGUUCAACAAUUUCAGAGGGUAUAACAGCGAGUUGUCAUUCCUCCAGUUUGUUCUUGAGAGCGCGCAUGUGUUGAAGAAAAUGCGGAUUGUAUUGGCCGGUGGUGAACCGAAUCAUAACACAGAGUUAGUCAACAAGCUGAAACCUCUUGAUUCUGCACGUCAUGCCAUUGAAGAUGUUCUGUUGGAGAUAGUCGAGGGCGACGGAGGUGAUGUGUGGUGCUUCCGCCAAGCAUCAGAUCCUUUUGUGAUUGAUCCCUUCAGCUAUUAG